UUUUCCCGAGCCAGCCUUCACUUCAUUCAAAUUUAUAUAUGAAAUAUAUAUAAAUAUAAUAAAUAUUUAAAAAUCUAAAUACCUUUUUUUUUUAUUUAUUUAUUAAAAAUUACGCAACUCAUCUUUUAUAAUUUUAUUUUUUAAAUAAAAUGACAAAAAGUAUGACAUAUAUACCGAUGGAAAUAUUAGAAAAAAUAUUAUCGGAGGUACCGGAAGUAGAAAAUUUGUUAAAGCUACGUUUGGUCUGUAAAUUAUGGUACGACGUUAUAGAAAAUAUAUUAGAAAAAUCAAUUAUAUGGGAAAAUAUAUCAAAUAAAAAAUUAGGCGCGUUUUAUAAAACGUCACUUAUUAAAAAAACAUUUCCGAAAUAUUCAUUCGAGCAUCAAUUAUAUAUAAGAGAUCAAAAUAUAUGGCGGGGAAUUUGUCGAAUGGGAGCCAAGUAUUCGGAAAUAAUUGAAUCCGGAUUGGAUAAAUUUAAAGUGAUUGAAAAAUUACCAAUUGUUGAGGGUAGAAUUGUCAAGACUUCGGUUUGGGAUAAUUUAAUUGCCGUAAUAACAAAUCGGAAAUUAGUUUAUUUUUAUGACUUCAAUGACUUAAAUAAACCAUUUUUUAAUAUUAGAUGCGAUGAAAAUAUAUCUGAUGUUGUAUUUUGGUAUACAGAUACCGAAGUAAUUAUAGCCGUAUUAAGAUUAUUAAAUAAAUUAAUAUUUUGGAAUCUUGAUACUAAAAGUCAAAUACCAAGUGAUGAAUUUUUUGGUCAAAAUAUUUGUAUUGGAACAAUAAAUAAUUUUUUUUCUGAGUACAAUGGACUAAUUACAUCGUACAAGUACGAUAAUAAUAAAAUAAUAAUUGAUCAAACUUGUCAGAUAAAUAUGAAAAAUACAAAUGACAGAAAUGAGAAAAUUGUUGCCAUUAAUUCUAAUGGAAUUAUACUUUCUGCAAUUAAAUUCAUAAAAUAUGAAAAUGAAUGUGGGACAGAAAAUUUUGUUCUGACAGUUCCGUUAUCUAAUGGAUCAAGAUUGUCUUUUCAUGACAAAAAAGAAUACUGUAAAAUACCAAGUAAAUUUCCAAUGGAUUAUGACUGUGAUAAAAUAAAAUUUAUCCACGCUGGCUGGUAUAAUACAGCAGCAACUGCUGUAGCAGAGCCUUAUUUAUUAACAUGUUAUAUAGAAUGGUAUUUACACGAUUUAAAAAAUCAUAUCGAUGGAUUCGUGUCAGCAAUUUUAAUGUACAAUAAUAUUUUUAUCCUCGGAUUUAGUACAGGAAUAAUUUAUUUAUUUUUUAUAAAAGAUCCAAAAGAUCUCCAAUCUCUCAAUUUGUUCAAUAAAAAUAAAAAUAAAAAAUUAAUAAUCAAUAAUGAUAACAAAGCUAUCAUAUGUUUAGAUAUAAUUCAAGUAGACAUGGAGCCAUAUAUAAUUGCAUCCACUGAAAGUGAUAUUUACAUCACUCAAUUAAUAUAAAUAAUU